AUGUCCUCAUCCGCCGCCGCCGCAGCAGCAUCCUCCUCCUCCUCCUCUUCAGCAGUCAUCGCAUCGCCAGACGUGCCAAGCACAGAUGCUCACAUUCAGCUCCUCACCGAACAUCUGGGCUUCAAUCCAAAGACCUUCAUCGAUGAUCUCGUCUACACUUCCAACGAGCACUUGUACUUUAUCGCAGAGCAGUUCGAAAAUCACGUCAAGGAUUGCUUAAAGGGUCAAGAGGAUGGCGAUAGGCAGGCUGAACAGGGAGUUCAUGCGCUCUUGACGUUGCUCGAGAAUGCCCUCGAUGCCACCUUUGACACGCUGGAGCUAUACUGUCUCAGGCACGUGUUCGGCAUCACCCCGCGUCAAGCAGCCCUCAUCACCCUUCCCCACCAUCGAGGUCUGGAUCUGCGCCCAGCAGCUAGCAGGGGUGGAGACAAUGUCGAUGCGAGUGCCCACCAAUCCUCCAAAGCCAGAAGGAAAAGCAGCUCUUCCAAGCGCAACGAAAAGCAGAUUGGCGAUGUUGCGACAUCCGCUCGACAGGAGAGCGAACAGCUGGCAGAGCAGGAGAGAUUGCUGAGGAGGAAAAUCACCGCUGCUAGAGCAGUCAAGCACUCGCUGGUUUUGGCUACCGAAGCAGCGAAGCGCAAGCUACAUCGAGCAGAGUCCGUGCUGUCAACGUUCAGCGCGAUCCUCAGCCAAAAUCCAACCUCUUUCACGUCUGCGCCCAUCAUCCCUACGACUUUGCCUCAGGCCACGCGAAAGAUGUUGACGGACACUUCGGAGCUCAUCUCUUCGCUCGAAGCUCUACGAGCCGUGGACCCGUUGGGCGCUUCCUUAUCCGUCGAGGAUAGGCCUGGCGGUAGUGGACCCACGUCGGCUUCAACCUCGGACAGGACGGGCGCGUCUGGGAGCGGGUCGACCAAAGAGAAAGCAUGGAAAGGGGAUAGGGACAAGUACGUGGCUUGGGAGGCCAAUCAGAUCAUCGCAGGCGUCAAGGCCAAACAGCGAGAGAGGGAAAGGAGCAUAGCGAGUGCUGCUGCUGCUUCUGCUGAUGCUGAUGCGGCGGCGUCGACGGAGGGAGGACCAUCUGCAGAAGGCGGCGAGAGGAAGUCUCAGGCGCCUGGCACGCCUAGAGGCAACAAGCGCGGCAAUGCAGCUGCCGAAGGCACCGCUGUGUCUAAACGCAAAAGCGCGAGGUGA